AUGUCGAAACUUCAAGACCACAAGACCACACACGAUCACCCCAUCAAGGUUAUGAAGGACGAUGGCCAGGUGACUGAAGCCCUCCGGAGGGAGGGUGGGGAUGGUCAUGUUGCGACGCCGGCCGUCCCGGCAUCUGGACGAGCAAUCUUGGUUGACCCACGCGGCCUACCUCUGGUCCCGCAACCGAAUUCAGACCCGUUGGAUCCCCUGAACUGGUCAAAGUCAGAAAAGGCACUUAUCUUAUUCAUUGUUUGUUACGCCGGCUUCUUGUCCAUUUACCUGACAACCGCACCGGUGGCAUCAUUUCCACUGCUCCAAGAGCAUUUCAACAUCAGCUACUCCGAGGUCAAUUGGUCCUUAGGCGUCCCGGCUCUGGGUCUUGCUAUCGGGAUCUUGCUCUUUGCAGGGUUCUCGGAUGUCUGGGGUCGUCGCCCUGUUCUGCUGGGCACUACUCUAAUCGCUCUGGUAGCCACCGGCUGCACAACGACUGCCAAUUUGCCCUAUGGGGCAUAUCUGGUGCUCCGCCUCCUUCAAGGAAUUGGCGCCGGACCAGCGCUUAACGUAGGCUUUGCCAUUGUUCAAGACGUCACGUACGAACACGAGAGAGGGUUUAAGACUGGUCUUUGGAUCUUGUCGAUCGAUGUAGGAGGGAUGAUUGGUGCCUUUCGUGAGUUUUGCUUGGAGUUUAACGGAGUAGUAGAUCUGAUCCUGAGCAUAGUGGGAGGGUUUGUUGCCGACGCUGGGAUCUUGUGGGUGCAGUACCACGUUGCAAUUGCAUACGGCGUUCUCCUGCUGCUCGAGGCUUUCCUCUUGCCAGAAACAUUCUAUCCACGGGACUUGAUCUCUGAUAGCGUCAUGCUGGGCAGAGAAUUGGAAAGUGUCAAAAGAACAAAGAGUUUGAGAUUCUGGAAAGUACAGCAGCUUCAAGUCGGAUCUAGAAGGCGGACUUUCAUGACAGCCAUUCGAUUCAUGAAACUUCUGACACAACCUCGACUCAUGUGUGCCAUCAUCCCCUAUAUAUUCUUCCAGUAUUGGUGGGUCGUAUCUAUUCUCACAAUGGGGCCAGUAGCAUAUGCGCAAUACAGCACUCAGACUCAAGGCCUGCUUUGGCUUGGCCUCAUCUCUGGCACUAUCACCAUAGAAAUCGUGUGCUCAGGUCGAAUGCUCGACAAUAUCGCUUCACGGCUUGCAAAAAGCAACAACGACAUCAUGACGCCUGCUAUGUACCUAUGGCUUGCUUAUCCUGCAACUCUACUCGGGGCGGGUGGAUGCAUCUUGUGGGGACUAUCAAUUGAUCGUCAUUGGCAUUUUAUGGUGGACGAGCUAGCCUUGUUUAUCUUUGCUGCAGGAUUGCAGAUGGGAAACGUAACAGUGGUUACGUACGCAAUUACGGCGUUCCCAGACAGCGUUCUGGAAGUAAUAUCCUUGUACGGAGUUCUCUACAAUGUUUCCGCAUUCCUCGUCCCUUGGUUCAUCAAUGAUUGGGUAGAAGCUCUAGGCUUUACAUGGAGUUUUGCAACACAAGGUCUUAUCACUCUUUUGGUAAUUCCAAGCGUCAUGAUACUUCAGAUGUAA